GUCGUUCUAAGAGACGGGCGCUCACUAGCGGAUGAACUGUGUGUUGCUGAGAGAGUGUCCCGAAAAUACCAAGUACAACUCUCAUUGCACGUUCCUUCAAUAUGCCACAACCAUCGUGCAAGGCAUUCCGACAGGUUUCAAGGCAUUUUUUCUCAGCCAAAUACGACAAUAUUCACACCGAACCUAGCUGUUCUAUACGUCUGACUACCGUCGCACGAGCAAGAAAUUGUGCAUCAUCGGGAUGCCCCUUCUGCACUAUUCUUAUGGCCAGCGCUGACCCGUCGCACUUUCCAGAAAAGGUCUUGUACACCGAUGACAUGAUGUUGAGAAGAACAAUGCUCGACCCCAAACAGUGUAUUCGGCUUUUGAUCGACAGCAUCGAUAUUUCACGUACAUUCUUCUAUCGCGUACCGCUUGAAUGGAGACUUCCAAUUGCUGAGUUGGAUAAGCCUUGGGAUGAAUUGACGCUCAUGCGAACUUGGCUGUCUAAUUGCGUGACCAAACACUCUAAGUGCAAGCAAAUUGCUAGCCGAGGAUCUCCAAAACGCCUCCUCGACGUUAGAGCCUUUGCGAAUUCGAACGAUAUUAGACUGGUAGACUGGCGAAGCGUUCCGACCACAGCGAAAUACGUUACCCUUAGCCAUUGUUGGGGCCCAGCCAAUCGCCGCCCAAUCUGCACAAGCAAAGCCACCUUAAGUGACAGAAUGCUGCGGAUCCAAUUCGAAGAUCUUUCGAUGACGUUUCAGGACGCCGUCAAGAUUUGUCGGGAUCUGGACCAGAAAUACCUUUGGAUAGAUUCUUUAUGCAUUAUUCAAGACGAUGGCGAAGAUUGGUCACAGCAAGCAGCCGCUAUGGCUUCUAUUUACGGUGGAUCAUAUGUCACUCUGACUGCACUCAGCUCUGCAGACAGCACUCAGGGCUGCCGGACCAGGCCAAGGGAGGCAGUAAUGCCAAAGCUAUCGCGAUACCAAGAUUUCAAUUUCGGUUCCCGACGCGUCAGAAUUCUAGAAGACUCGCCAGCUUACUGGAAUGAGGAAUAUGAUGGUUGCGGAUCCAAUCCGUUACGCACGAGGGCAUGGACACUACAAGAAAGAAAUCUCUCAUUGAGGUGUAUCAACUUUGCUCAGGGGCAACUGCUUUGGCAGUGCCGUACAAUGAAGGGUUCAUCGGAGCUUCCGUGGCACGAGAUGAUACAGAAACACGGCAACUUCGUCCCCCGACCGCUAAUGCUCAACCAAGAAGAAGACUUCACCUCUAAUGGCCCAGCCUUUCAACGUGAUCACUGGUUCGGAUUAGUUGAAGACUACUCUUCCAGGAAUCUGACGAAGGAAACCGAUAAAUUGCCUGCUUUAGCAGGCCUGGCCUCAAGAUUCUCCGAGGAACAAAACCCUGGAAAGUAUCUUACUGGCAUCUGGUCAGAUCACCUACCAUCGGCACUUCUUUGGAGAACCAUACCAACCUGCAGCCAGGACCGAGGCCAGCCUGUUAGCCAACUUACUACCUCUAAGCCUUGUCGUCCACAGGUUUACAGAGCACCUAGUUGGUCAUGGGCUUCCAUCGAUGGAGAGAUCAGCUAUGAGUGUCAAAGAAUUGGCCCCUGCAAUGAAGCACGCCAUGUCUUUGACAAUACUUACGGGAACUUCGAGAUUACGAACUCUUACGAUAAAUUAGUGGCAGCGCUUGAUACACUUGGUGCCCCUUCAGAUGCCGCAUUACGAAUGCGAGGUAACAUUACUGAACUUCAAAUCAGUACCCAACUAAUCGAGGAGGAUAUCUCUGGAGGCAUUCGACGUCUCAGUUCGGGAGAUGGUAUCACAGUGGGAGCAUUUUAUCCAGAUAUAGUUAAUGACUUUCGAUUUGUGCGGUCUGUAUAUGUGUUGAGUAUUCGCUCUGAGUCAUAUUAUCCUUCUGUUCAAAUGCCUUUCCUUGUCUAUGGAAAAAAGGGUCCUUUAUAUGAAACGGAAAGUUGGAAUGAUGACAGCCUAAGAAUGGGGCUCGCUUUGCUACGAGCAGGGUCAGGUGAGAUAUACCGACGUGUUGGUUUAGUGCGCUGGUUGACAAAAGACGUCUUCGAUGGCACGUUAGCUGUGGAACUGAGCAUCGUCUGAGAUGAAAAAUCUUCAGUAG